AUGUAUCUAGCCUUCUAAAGAGGACAAAAGCAGGUGUUGCCCAUGGCAACUAAUCAGUUUCUAGCUAUUUUCUAUAUAGUUUGAUUAGUUGCUAUGGGCAACAUCACUUCUCUUUAGAAGGGAUAUCACCAUACCCUCCAACUGUACCUUUUUAAUAGUUUGGAACUGAAAAAUCUGAGUGUAUGUGGUCAUUGGCAGGCCCGGCAACACUCCUGUUUUUGGGGACCCCCAUCUCUUCCAGACACACGCACAGCCGGCUUGAAAAUGGGAGCUUUAUCCAAUUAUGCUGUACUCUAUCAUAUGACUGCACAAGGAAUCCUUCCACCAUGUGUGGUGUACUUUACCCGGCCAUUAUAUUAUUUUUUUACACAUCCUGUGAUGCCAGAGCAGUAACGCAGCAAACAAAUGAUGCUGAAAUGUUAACGGAUAUGUUCCAAAAAGUGAAUGACCUAUGGCACUCCAUGCUCUAUGCAAUUCCCAUACAGAAUAACCCUAAUGGAACUGCAUAUGCCAUAUGUAAUCUACAGCCAAAUCCUAAACUCAAUGCAACUGAACCCAAAGUUACAGGACAAGUCUUGCUGAAGCAGUCCUAUCCCCAUGGGAAACUAGAAGCCAACUUCAUUUUAAAAGGAUUUUCCCAGGAGCCCGGUGAAUCUACUAAAGCAAUUCACAUCCACAGCUUAGGAGACCUCAGCAACGGCUGCGACUCUACUGGCGGACACUACAAUCCAUUAUCUGUAAACCAUCCACACCACCCUGGUGAUUUUGGCAAUUUCCAUGUCCAAGACGGGAAGAUCCAACAGCACAUAAAAUACCUGGAUGCUACUCUCUUUGGCCCAUACUCUGUUUGUGGUAAAUCAAUUGUUGUGCACAAAUUGGCUGAUGAUCUUGGGAAAGGAAAUAACCACGCCAGUUUGGAAAAUGGAAACGCCGGCACACGUCUUGCUUGUUGUGUGAUUGGUGCCAGCGGCAGUACUACCUGGGAUAACUAUAUGGCAAUGCCUGGAGGUCCAGAUUCUGAAGGUUCUGAAUAGUCCCAAAAUUGUAGCUUCAUUUUGGAUAAUGUGUUGCUAAACUAAACAGCCAUACGUAUGCUUAGAUUUUAGAAUUUGUGUUUAAUAAGUUUAAAUUAGUGCAUAUACUGUAUGUAUGUGUAUAUAUAUAUAUAUAUAUAUAUAUAUAUAUAUAUAUAUAUAUAAUAUACAAUUUAGAUCCGCGCACACUUUGUUUUAUCCAGAGUUUGUUAGGUCAACACAUGAGGUGCCUGCUCAUCCACUCCUGCCAGGAGCCACAAAUUUCUAGAUAAUAAAAUAAGGAGAGCGCACCAGUGAAUAAUAGUAAAAAGUAACAAUUUACUUGUGUAAAUAUCCACGUACAUCAAGGUUCACAUUCAAGCACUUAGCCACUUCUCCGAUAACCUCCUCCGCAAUGAUGUAAUUCAGUCAGUGUGGUAAUUUUCCGGAGAUGCCGUCUGCUCUGUAUCAGGCGGAAGACAGGAUUCGUCUUGCACUUGUAAGCCACGCCCAACGCGUUUCGUCACUAGAGGACUUCGUCAGGAGCUAUGUCCUAUAUAUAUGUGUGUGUGUGUAUGUAAACAACUUAUUUUAUUAUUUCCAAAGCUGGAACAGAUAUAGAAAACAUAAAACCAAGCUGUAUAGCCAUUGCCAACACAAGAUUCUUAACUACAACCCUACCAACCACCAUGUGUAGUAUAUAUAGUAUUUGUACACAAAAAGUGAACAACUUACUGCAGAAUAAAAACAAUAAUAAUUACACAUGUGAGUAUGAUCGUGACUAGUUAACAAGCCAGGCUGAUUUAUAUUAGAGUCAAUGAAUGUGCUUAUUUAUCAAUAAAAACUUGUUGUUCACAAAAA